CUAGCACCGCUCGUCAUCACGUACGGUAUCGACCUCUCCAUAUCCACCCCAAGUCCAAUCAGCGGCUUCAUUAGUUAGUACUACUACCCCAUACUAAUCACCGGUUGCUUCCUCCAAUCCAGCUGAUCUGCCUUGCCUGCCUACUCCACUGAUUAGUUAAAGCCAAUGAAUGGCUUUCCCUUAGCAUUCCUCCGAGGGUAGUAUAAGUGCCCGCGGUCGUCGUCGUCGUCGUCGUCCCAAUCCCCUCUCUUCUCUAUCGCUUACUAGCAGCUCUCUUCUUGCUCUUCGCUAGCUAGCUCCAUCCAGCUCGUUGUCUUCUCCCCCUUGGAUCGACUCGGCCUUCGGCGGCCAUGAAUUGCGCCGGGGUCACCGAUGGGUUGCCUGCAGGCGAGCCGGGUACCGGCGUCGUCGGCCAGCCACGGAGGAGGAGCUGCAUGUAGCCUGGCUGAGCUAUAGUGCUCAGUCGAUCUGCUGCUGAGCUAUAGUGCUCGAUCGAUCUGCUGCUUCUUGGGGGCGAGCAAGAAGAAUAGCCGAGGCUUGGGAGCCAGCUCUCAAGGACAGCAUAAGGCGGAGCCAGAAUUUCCGGUGACCGGUGACGCACACCAUGGAUCCCCAGACAUUUGUGAGGCUCUCAGUCGGGCAGCUUGGCCUGAGGCUCCCCGGCGCAAGCGCCAGAAAGGCUUGCCACUGCGAGAUCCGGCUCCGAGGCUUCCCUGUUCAGAUAGCUCCAGUGCCUCUGGAAAAUUCUUCAGAGUUCUACCUUGAUCCGCACGCGAACGCGGCGGUGUUCUCCCUGGACGAGCCCGGUCUCAAGGCGCUGUCGACACCGGGGUGCUUCCGAGCCCCGGAGCCGCCGUACCUCGAGAUCGUUGUGUACGUGGGCAGGCGCAGCGGCGGCGGGCAUUGCGCCGGGUUGAAGCGGCGGCUGGUCGGGGCGGUCAGGGUGGAGGUCGGGCCGGAGUGGCGCGACGGGAAGUCUCUACUGCUUCACCAUGGCUGGACGGGCGUCGGCAGGGCGGCGGAGCUGCACGCGAGAGUGAGGGUGGAGGCUGACCCUCGGUACGUGUUCCGGUUCGAGGACGAGGUCGCGCUGAACCCGCAGGUGGUCCAGCUCCAUGGCAGGGCCAGCCAGCCCAUCUUUAGCUGCAAGUUCAUCCGCGACGUAAGGCGGGCGACGCAGCCGGAUCAUUUGGGCGGGAAGUAUUGGUCGAGCUCCGGAAGCGGCGAGGAGAAGGAGACGGAGAUGGCGGGAAGGAGGAGGGAGAGGAAGGGCUGGAAGGUGGCGAUCCACGACCUGUCGGGCUCCGCCGUGGCCGCGGCGUUCAUGGCCACGCCGUUCGUGCCGGCGACGGGCAGCGACACGGUGGCGCGGUCGAACCCAGGCGCGUGGCUCAUCGUCCGCGCCGACACGACGGGAUCGUCGGAGAGCUGGCAGCCAUGGGGCCGGCUGGAGGCGUGGCGGGAGUGCGCUGCACCGGCGGGCAGCAAGGACGCCGUGUGCCUUCGACUGCAUCUCCUCCCGGAGCGGCGGGACGCGUGCGUACUCGUGUCCGAGACGCCUCUGAGCUGCGAUAAGGGCGGGGAGUUCUCCAUCGACAUGGACAGACAUUCGAUCCUCCCGGAGGACGCAGUGGCGUCGGCGGCGCCGUCGUCGUCGUACUGCGCAGCGAGCAUGGGGGAGUCGUGCGCGGGCGGCGGGUUCGUGAUGAGCUGCAGCGUGCAGGGCGAGGCGGCGACGAGCAGCAGGCCGCCGCUGGUGCACCUCGCCGCGCGGCACGUCAUGUGCAUGGAAGACGCCGCCAUGUUCCUCGCGCUCGCGGCAGCCGUCGACCUCAGCGUCAAGGCGUGCCGGCCGUUCCGGAGCAAGACGGCGGCGACCAAGAAGAAGACGGCUGGUGGCUCCUCUUCCCCCGAUCCCCUGGAGCUCGACACGUAGAUUAGCUAGAGCUAGGAGCUAGCAGUUCUCAACCAAGCAUCAGAUCAUCCAUGGCCACUCUGUAAAUCCACUUGUUUCGACCAAACGGGACAGAUUCUGUAAAUUUCGUUGGCAACUGUAAAUCCAGUCUAGUACCAGUUUUUUCUGAA